AUGAAAAAAUCGCGUCAAAAAAUAAUUUAUUGGAGCGAAACUCAGUUUGCUGUCGAUAAUCUUGAAAAUAUCGGAAAGCGUCCACCAGAAUAUAUAGUGAAUGAUGAUACCAUAAAUUCAGUUGUCUCUAAUAGCAACAAAAAGUCACAAAAAUUCCUUCUAAUCAUUUCCUCUUUUUCGGGUGUACGCAGAUUAAAACAAACUUCUCCACAUACAAGUACUAAUGAUGAGGUUGAGGAGUCAUCUGAUCCUAAUGAACGACUUGAAAUUGAUCUUGAAAAUGUCACAAAGCAGCUGGAGAUGAUACCUUUGUAUGAGUGGAAAGUUGGAGACAUAAACAUUACACAGAGAUUUCGUCAGUACCAACAAAAGGUGAUUGAUAAAGUGAAAAAAUGGUAUACAAUAACUCAAGCAAAACCGUUUGUGAUCGAACAGCCCAUCAUACCAUCAGCAAUAUCUACUACUUUUCAAGAAGCAAUAAGAAAGCACUUAAUGGAUGAUGAUAGUUACAUUUACGCUGAUAGUACAGAAUUGAGUAGGGCCGCAGCUUCUACGUUUAAUGAGUUUCGCAAUCUCCCUACACUUUCUCCGUCCAAAAUGUCUGAGGAAUUGCAUUGCUGCAAUCUAUUGUAUCCCCAUGUGCGUCCUAUAUUCAGCCAAUCUCCUAGAGAAUAUGGUAUCCAAUUAAAUCGUGCUGUCAAAGGCACUAGAAAAAGACCCGAUUUCACGUGUGUGGUUGACAAAAUACCGGUUCUUGUCUCCGAAUUUAAACCGCUUGGAUGUACACCGCUUCUGGAAAAGAAAGAUUUCGUGAAAGCACAUUUGAGGGCUAAGAAAUCAUUAAAUCAACAAUCGAAUUUUAAGGAUGGUCCCGGUGAAGUAGGGCUAUUUAUAAACACGGGCGAUAUAGUUAGAUCCUUUUUUAUGGAUCUUAAAUACGGAUUUUACUGCUCAUGGUCUUUCCAUACAACUAAACUGGCAGUUGAUAAGGCCUCAAUGCCAUUGGUAGAAUCAACUUUCAGCCACUUCGUCGCAUUAGAGAGACGAGUUAACAAACUAGCCAAGGAUUUUAAAAGACGCAAGCAACCAUUCACGCCACCCGGACAAAUGAAAUUUAUGAGCGAAUUUCCCGACUCUCCACAAAUUAACCAGUUGCUCAGAUGA